UGUCGCCAUCAUACAUGUUCAAAAGGGUCCCCUCCCUUGCACUCGGAUGUUUCUCCCUUCCACCCAUGUCCCUUGAUGGUGAUAGCGCUACCAGCAUCGACGCAAGCAACUGAUUCAGAGGCCAGAGAGAAACAGAAACAGAAGGGAGAUAGAGAAAGGAGAGUUUAAAGAUGUCGAAACCCCAAGACCGCCACCAUGAUCAUGCCAACGGGCAGCACCACGAAAUUCCCCAAACACAUCUCAGCGCCAUGGGAGGCCACCUCGUUGCCGCCUCGGGCGAGUUCGUCGGCACUUUUUUCUUCCUGUACUUUGCGUACGCCGGCAACAUCAUGGUGAUCAAGCAGGGGGUUUCCUCGGCCGGCGAUGGCACGUUGAGCAGCGAGGGCGUCGUCUUCAUCGCUCUGUCGUACGGUCUCUCUCUGCUUGUCAAUGUUUGGACCUUUUACCGCAUCAGCGGUGGUCUCUUCAAUCCUGCGGUCACUCUCGGCCUUUCCCUCGGUGGUCAGUUGCCGUGGAUGCGGUCCGCUUUCCUCGUGCCGGCUCAGAUGCUGGCCGCGAUGUGCGCCGGCGGACUGGUUGAAGCCAUGUUUCCGGGCCAAGUUUCGCAGGCAAACUCGCUGCUUGGCAUUGGGACAUCUGUUGCCCAGGGACUCUUCCUUGAGAUGUUCUUCACCGCACAGCUCGUCAUCGUUGUUUUCAUGUUGGCCGUGGAGAAGUCUCGUGAUACCUUCCUCGCACCAAUCGGUGUCGGGCUGGCUUUAUUUAUGAUUCUCAUUCCAGGUGUCUGGGUUACUGGUGGCUCCCUCAACCCCGCCCGCAGCUUUGGGUGCGCCGUUGCAGGCAGGUCGUUCCCAAACUAUCACUGGAUCUACUGGCUUGGGCCAUGCAUGGGAGCUGCUCUUGCAGCUGCGUACUACCGGUUUGUGAAAUGGGCACACUAUGAAGAGGCCAACCCUGGCCAGGAUCUACCAGCAGACCCGAAAGAUUUAGCUGCGGCCAACCCGGGAAGCCAUGGGCUAAGUCAAACCCCCCACUUCCCGGCACCCCCCUGUUUCUGGCACCCACAAAAACGCGAAAAUCCACCACAACGCAAUGCCCACCCCCAACCUCCUUUUAUCACAACAUUUUCAAUUCGAGUCCAAAUGGGCUCAUUUUUUGCACAUACCUUCUUCUAUAUCUAAUGCCUCAAUAUACCGAAGAUCAGCUUCGUCAGGCUCUCGAGGACAUCUCAAACGGCAAGAGUCAAAAGAGAGC